UGGGGGUCCUGACGGCGCGGCUUCUUCGCGACUGGAUUGCAGGCAGCACAACAGUGUCAUCCAAGCACACUACCCUUUUCCUCUUUUUGCUCUUAUUAACGCCAAAAUAUGUCUGGCAGGGAAGGAGGCAAAAAGAAACCACUGAAGGCUGCCAAAAAACAGACCAAGGAAAUGGAUGACGAUGACAUUGCCUUCAAGCAGAAGCAGAAGGAGGAGCAGAAGGCCUUGGAGGCCUUGAAGGUCAAAGCUUCUGGCAAAGGACCUCUAGCUGGCACUGGCAUCAAGAAGUCGGGCAAAAAGUGAAGCCUGCCGAUAAUUCCCUGCUCAGAUUACCGUGACUGCAGCGUGCCUGGUUUGUUUUGCUCCGGUUUGAAGUGUUUUUUUUUCCCCCCCAUGACGGUUCCCAGGCAGUGUUAACUGGAGUCAGUGUACAGCUUGUAACGCCAGGUUUCACACCGUGAUAUUUUCUUGUCAUAAACACCUGUCGUCAAACACUGACCAGCCAUUUUCAAAUAAAAGGUUGGUUGCUGUCAAAAUUAUGUACUUAAAAUACAAGAAUAUAAUCAAAAA